UGAGUACUGUUGACAAGAAAUACCGACACGGACGAAAUGUUACAAAAUCUUGACCAAUCACAUGCGAUGCCUCCGAGGGUAAUUGACAAGCGAGAUUUCUGAGAAUUAAAUCGUGUAAGUUUACUUUUAACCUCGCACAUUUCAAGGCUCACAAAAGACUCCAGAUUCCAUGGUCACAAAAUAAUUGCCUGACCCCGUCGGGCAUUUUUACCUGUUUUCAGGAAACGAAAAUUGUGAUUUCUGAAAAACCCUACUGUAACAGCUGGUUCGCGAGUACGUUAAUCAAACAUGUGCACUUGCACGAGCGUCAUGCAACAUCCACCAAAUUUUGCGGUCAGAUAAUUUUUUGUCCUGUUUUCAAGAAACGAAAAUUGUGAUUUCUGAAAAAUUAUCUUGUAAUAGCUGGUUCACGAACACGUUUAACAAUCAAACAUGUGUACUGGCACGAGCGUUGUGCAUCCAGCAAGUUUUGAGAUCAGAUAAUUUUUUUUCCCGUUUUCUGAAAAAUCCUGCUGUAACAGCCGGGUCCCGUGGACGUUAAUCAAACAUAUGCGCUUACACGAGUGUCAUGCAGACCGGUGCUGCUCGGUCAAACCUGGACCCCAGUUUUGAUAAUGACGUCAUCAUACAUUCGCUCUUUAAUAUAAUAUUUGUCGAUUUUUUUUAUGUCGGUUUGCGCUCAUCAAAUUGCUUUUCAGAGCCUUUCCCUAUGGAGCUAAUUAAGGCGUCAUUACCUAUGGACUGAGAACACAGGACACUCCAGAACUUCAGCUUGGGCUUAAAGGAGGCGUCAGGAGGUAUUGUUUUCACACCGUUGUGUCCUGCCGAGAGCUGCUUGUAAAUUUCCUCACCAAUCAAGGCCGUGUGAAGCUCGCAGUAGCGCGAGGAUUGGUAUUUGUGAGUACUGCCGCAAUAAGUGACUUGCAUUCCUCACAGUUUGCGAGGGAAAUAACUCGAACUACAGUUUCGCGCGGAGUGUUGAGCCUAUUAAAACAUUGGAAGUCAUAGCACAAGUAAAGCUUUCGUUGCGCUUAUAGUCUGGACAAGAUUCGCACACUUUUACACAUCAGCUCUAUUGAGAAUGAAAAGCUUUGACGCUAAUAACAACGAAAGGAUUUUAAAACAUGGUUACCUGCUGAAGCAAAGCGAUCUUCUUAAGCAAUGGAAUCUUCGGUAUUUUGUGCUUAGUAAAGAAUGUCUCUGUUACUACCGAACUGAAAAGCAAUCUGUAGAAGAGGUACCAAAAGAGGUGAUAUUUUUCAACGACAUGUCCCUUUAUAUAGACGAACUACCAGACAAACAGACUAAGUACUGCUUAAAGCUUGUAAAGCGAUCAGUUACGGCCGGCAAGAUCGCAAAUCGAACAUUUCAUCUGUGUUGCUUCUCAGAGCACGAAAGGAACGAGUGGCUGUCGCAGAUUCUCCAUGCGAAAGCGAUCGCGCUGUUGGUCGAUCCAACAACAUGGAUGGGAAGUCAGGAAGCUUCGAAAGAUGACAUGGACCUUGGGCUUACUAAUUCAACUAGCGGUGUCAAGCUCGCCUCUGCUAGAGUGAUUUUGCAGAAGUGCCGGCGUAAGCUUUCUCUCAGUGCAAACACGAGGGAUUCUCGUAGCUGUUUGUUCCUUGAUGACAGUAACAUAAAAAGAAGAAGGAAAUCCACGCCGCGUUUAAGUCAAGAGUGGAGAAACACACUAAUGGUGAUUUAACCGCACCCUUAAAAAAUCGAAAAGGAGGAUAGACAAUUUUGAAAGGAAUCAAGUUAUCUACGGAAUUUGUAAAUAGACAGAUUCCGAAAAAUGGACGACAGCUAGCAGCAAAGGAAAGAAGGGAACACUGUACAGUUUUUGUGCCGCCUUUUGUGUCAGUUCGUUUUGUUGAUCGUUGGACUCCACGUAAGCAGCGAUUAAAGCGGAAAUGUAAACAAGGUGGUAAAGUAAUUUUUACACGUUUGUUUCGUUCGGCACUUUCUGAUUGACAAAAUACAAUUAUGCGGUAAAGGAAUACUUGACUACAGUUUAAGCUCGAAAUGUAACAUCAUUCGAGUGACCCAGUUGAAAAGAUGGAACUGGACUGUAAAAUAAUUCCCGUAUAAUGAUAUAUCAGGUACGCUACGUUUUGAGUUCAGGAAAAAAAUGGUGGUUUAAAUUAUUUGAAGUUUCAAACCAUAUAAACGCUACUUUAAAAUUUGGAAAGUCUGAUGAAAUUCUGGCGUCUCUAAAAACGUGUGAAUCAGCAGUGGUACAGAACGGCUCUAUGUCUAGCUUCAAGGAUUGCUUCUCUUUGAUUCAGAGCAUUGAAAUUGAGGUGAAAAACAUACUUUUCACAAACUAUUAAAAAAUAUUGAUCAUAUCUUCCUUAUUCACAAUCGUACAGUCGUGAUAUAAGUUAUUUUUCUGAUCAAGGGAAACUACUUAAUUUAUUUGAAUUAUCAUCAUGCACGACAAAAAAAAAAAACAUUUGGGGGAAAUUACCUGAAAUCGGCUUUGAUUGCAUAAUUAGUUGUCAAAACACAAGAUACUUUUACUUUCAGAAUGGAGCUGUGAAAGUUGUUGACAGCGAGAAAUCUGCACUAUGCAGAGAGGUAUUUAUAGAUUGUUCCCAUUUUGACCUAACUUUUAGAGGUAUUUAAAACUUGUUAGGGAACAUAUGGCAUUAGAGGAAUAUAUUUUACAGUCACUCCUUAGAGCUUAGUUAAACCUUUAUUCGAUGAAAAUGCAUAACUAGGAAAUUCAAGAUGCGUUCAACUAUGUUGAUCUUUUAAUUCUUUGGUGACAUUUUAAUAAAGAACCUCUGUGGUCCAUGGACAAAGUUUGAAGAUAAA